CCGCUGCUGCCUUCUCCUCCUCCUCCUCCUACAAUGUCCGCGGCUCCCUCCCUUCCCAAAGGGCAGCAGCAGCAUCCGAGCCCCAAGCCGCCUUUGCCUGCGCCGGAGGAGCGGGGAGGGCGCGGCGUGCGUCUGCUGGGCUCCUGCCUCCCUUCUUCCUCCCUCCCUCCCUCCUUUCCUUCCUUCCUCCCUUCCAUCUCUCCGGCGCUCCUCCUGCGAGUGAGUGGGUCUCUUCUCUGCCCGUCCCGCUCUUCCCUUGCCUGACUAGGACGGGGCAUCCUCUGGGCCCCUGCCUUCCUUGCAAGUUCCUGACAAACUUUCCUCGCUACUGGGGUCAAGAUUUGGAUGAAGGGCUCGAACCGUCGGAGGCGGGUUUAUCCGUCCCCUCCGUCCCCUCCUCGGCCUUCCUUUUUAGUGUGAGUCCGACUUCUUUCCUACCCCUGGGACACGCGUUCUGGUUGGAGAAAUUCCCCUCCAUUCCUGUUCACUGAUGGCGCGAUCUUGCCACCUUGAGGCAUCCCUGGGCUCAUUCUCGCCUUCCUUCUGAACUGCCGGGCUGCUGGUGGCGAUGGUUUCCAUGCCAUCGAGGGAGAGAAUCUGCUCCGGAUUUGACUCUGAACUUCGAAGGCGCUCUCCAAGGCUACAGAGUGGAGAAAUCUAUAUCUGGAGUUCCACAGUGAUGUGAAGUAAGCUGGUGACCAAGAUGACUCUUCUACCAGGAGAAAACUCAGACUAUGAUUACAGUGCAUUGAGCUGUGCUUCAGAUGCCUCCUUCAACCACCCUUUCUUUGCUGAAACAGAAACUCUCAAAGGUGUAUUUUAUCAGAGAGCAAAACUCAUUCAUCCGGGGGAAGACCUCUAUGAAUGCAUUCACCCUGAAGACCGGAAACACCAUAUCAUCAUUAAUGUGGGGGGCUUUAAGUAUUUGCUCCCAUGGACCACUCUUGAUGAAUUCCCCAUGACCCGCUUAGGACAACUAAAAUUUUGCAACAACUUUGAUGACAUCCUCAAUAUUUGUGAUGAUUAUGACGUCACUUGCAACGAGUUCUUUUUUGACCGGAACCCAGGGGCUUUUAGGACCAUCUUGACUUUCCUGCGGGCAGGAAAGCUUCGACUCCUGAGAGAGAUGUGUGCACUUUCAUUUCAAGAGGAGCUGCUGUACUGGGGCAUUGAGGAGAACAGUCUCGAGUGGUGCUGCAAGAGGAAGUAUCUGCAAAAGAUGGAGGAAUUUGCCGAACUGAAUGAAACGGAGGAUGAGUUCAUUGACAGCGAAAACCAGUCUGAUGCUGUGGUGGAGACCAAAGCUGGCCUUUGCAUGAAAAAGCUCCAAGACAUGGUAGAGAGGCCACAAUCUGGGAUUCCUGGCAAAGUGUUUGCCUGUUUAUCGGUGAUCUUUGUGACUAUCACUGCAGUCAACCUGUCCAUCAGCACCAUGCCUGGUUUAAGAGAGGAAGAGGAGAGAGGUGAAUGUUCUCAGAUGUGCUACAACAUUUUCAUAGUGGAAUCAGUCUGCGUAGGAUGGUUUUCCCUGGAGUUCAUUUUGAGGUUCAUCCAGGCACCCAGCAAAUUUGUCUUUCUGAGGAACCCCUUAACCAUGAUUGAUAUAGUUGCCAUCCUGCCCUAUUAUAUCACUCUGUUUCUAGACACUGCUUCAUUGGGCAGUAAUAAAAAGCCAAGCUCAGGCAACAUCUACCUGGACAAGGUAGGCUUAGUGCUUCGCAUACUCCGUGCCUUGAGGAUUCUCUAUGUCAUGCGGCUGGCCAGGCACUCACUAGGCCUGCAGACUUUAGGACUCACCGCUCGAAGGUGCACUCGGGAGUUUGGGCUUUUGCUGCUGUUCCUUUGUGUGGCCAUUGCAUUGUUUUCACCACUCUUGUAUGUGAUUGAAAAUGAGAUGACUGGCUCUCAGGAGUUCUCCAGCAUCCCUGCUUCAUAUUGGUGGGCUGUCAUUACUAUGACAACAGUCGGCUAUGGCGAUAUGGUACCCCGAAGCAUCCCAGGCCAAGUGGUGGCUCUGAGCAGUAUCCUGAGUGGCAUCCUUCUUAUGGCCUUCCCUGUCACAUCCAUUUUCCACACCUUUUCUCGCUCGUACAUUGAGCUGAAGCAGGAGCAGGAAAGAAUUAUGUACCGGAGAGCACAGUUCUUAAUGAAAAGCAAAUCGGAGUUAAGUCAUGCCUCACAAGGGAGCGACGUAUUUCCGAGUGCCUCAUCAGAGACCAGGGAACAUGACUGAAAACUUUCCAUGUCCGCCUGUUGCUGAGCAAAUAGUAACAGAUUUCAUCUUGGCAUUCACUCCUGAAGGCAUUUGGGAGAUGCAUUGUACAAAUGACAUGCAAAAGGUUUUUAGCCAUUAUGCCAGCUGGGGGCUUAUUUAUCAUGAGGCGUAUUAGCAUUAUUAUUAGGGAUGGGGAAUUGGAGCCUUGCUUUCCAGUAGACUAUGCAGUUUAGAUGCAAGAUCAUGACAUGAGAUUUUUAUAAAACAACGCAAGUAUCAUUAACUAAAAGGAGGACAACUGUGCGAAAUUCCAACUCGGCAAAGUCAUCUGUUGCCAUUUGUAACAUGAAGAGGCAAGCCAUUUUCCAAGAAAACAACUGUGAAUGUCAACACUUUCAUCAUUCAUUUCUUUGACCUUUUUUGUUUAUUUAUAUCAAUACUUGUGAUCUAUACCACCCCAGAAAACCAUAUUAAUCCUUGUGUACACAACUCCGUUGUUUGUAUUGGAGUUAACCGUGUGCAAAGGAGUGUAUUGUUUUAUUUGAUUGUUAAUUGUUUAAAGAAUAAUAAUAGUAAUAAUAGUAAUAAAGAAGCCUCCUGGUCCAUCUCUUUCCAAGCUUCUGAAGUAUCCAUUCCUUUUUCAUAGAUUCAAAAAUAGAGAUCUCCAAGCAGCUUGAGCAGGAACUUGAAAGUAUUAUAUUUGGGGAGCAUUAUACCCCAAUUGUAAUGGCCAUGCUGGUUGGAAGAUUUCCAUAGCGUGCAAAAACAAUAUUUACAAGCUCUGUCAUAGAUUAUUUUCUCGACCUGGAGAACCAAAAGUAGCAUUUCCUCCUCUUUUGAGUCAUAAUUUAAAUAAUAUAAGAGCUUGAUUCUAAGGCAUCCUUUUACUUGAGCACCCACUUGUUUAUGAUGGGUGAGUAGCAUUUCAUUCUAGGUCAUAAUCUCAGUGCGACUGCAUGUAAUUUUCUGGGAGAUCCUUUUGCUGUGAAAAAGGAAUUGAGGCUUCAGUGUAUUCUGUGGCAGUCUUUCUUUCUGAACAGGAGCUCACAAUUUUCUCUACGGAUGGUUAAAACUAGGGAUGAAAAGACUAUUUUUAAAAUGUAAUGAUUAAAAAACAUGCUUUUUCAAGUGUUGAGAAACCAAAAUGAGAGAAAUCAUGGACUGAUGAGAAUCUUCACAGUUCAGAAAUUAUUCUGUACAAAAUUUACACACUGUUAUUUUACACAGCAUUUUAUAAGCGGGAAAUAAUAUUUCUGCAUUGAAAUCCAGGCUAAGUAUUCCUUUUCCAAAACAUUUGGGAUCAGAUAUGUGUGGAUUCUGAAAUACUUUUAUUUGCGCAUUCACCCGCACACACUGAAAUGGAACCUAAGUAUCAAUAUGUUUCAUACACCUUAUGUGCAUAGACUGAAUUUAAUUUUGUACAACAUUUUAAAUAAUUUCUUUUUUGCAUGAAACAAAGUUUGGGUGCGCUGAAUCAUCAGAAAGCAAAUAUGUCAUUAUCUGAACUACCCAUGUGAACAAUUUUGGAUUAUGGAGUAUUUCAGAUUUUCCACUUAUGAAUAAGGAAUUUUCAACCUAUAUUAUUUUCUGUAUCCAAAACAAACAUGUGUAAAUUUUGCACAGAGUAAAUUCUGAAUUGUGACUAACAUUUCUGACAGCAAAAGGAAAAUUGAUAACUCAUUCAAGAAAACAAUGAAGAACUGCAUCCUUAGUUAGGAGUAGGCCAAAACCUUUAUGCCUAUCCUCUGGUUUCUCAUGUACGUUGUCUUUUUAGUGUUUACAUGAACGCACAGGGUAAUCAUUUUCGGUCUCCUAGAUACUGACUGCUAGAUUGACCUGAAAUGGCUGUCCUUCUGUUCUCUGUUCUCGAACAUUAAUAGCAAAAAGGUAGCUAACUGCAAAUCAAACAUAAUAUGCGCUGAAAUAUCACACCAUGCCAAUCAUUGCUUCAUGGUUCUUUCCUCUUGCAUCAAAUAGAAAGAAAUAAAACUCAUGUGAUGAGCUUAAUUGCCAGAAUUAGUAGCGUGAUCGUUUAUAAUAUCUUGUGGACAUCUGGCUCCUUGAAAGGAGCAAAAAUUAUCAAAAUGAGUGGCCAAAAACAUAGAGAAGAAAUUAAUGUAUCAGAUGAGUCAUCGGAAACACAGUAAGCCUCCCAUGAGCAAAAUCGGGAAGGUGUAAGAGCCGUCUGUUAAUUGCCUUGACUUUCCCUAGUAUGGUAAGCUACAUUGCAAUCAAUCAGAGUGCCUGCAGAAUGGCAAAAAGCAACCUCAGACUUUAUCCCUGUUCAUUCAAAUCUAAUUCACUUUAAUAUACUAACUGAGCUUGUUUUUCUCUAAACCUAUGCACGAAACAAACCACAUGCUUACUGAACUUUGGUAAAUGUGUUUGGCCAAGCUAUGGAUAUAUCCCCAGUGACGAAAUUCACAUGGCUAGAUCACACAAUGUUUUACCAUUCAGGUUCACUACAGACAGUCAAGUAGCACAACUCCUAUACUGUAUCCAGGUGCUGUCAGUCUAGGCAAAGAAAGGCAAAGAACAAAGGUUGUUUUGCAAAUGUGGGGUUAUUCCUUUGAUAUCAAGAUCAUAGCAACACACUAUUUAUUAUUUAUUUAUUUCAAAUAGUUCUAUCCCGCCCUUCUCACCCGGAGGGACUCAGGGCGGCGUACAAUUGGCUUCUACAAUAAGAUCGACUCUGGCAGAUGAGAGUUUGCAUCCAAUUUUGCUCUACUGCAGGAGCACUAGUGUGCCAAUCUCUUUUUAGAUGUACAAAGAUAAUAAGCCAUGCCUUUAUUUAUUGUACAAUCAAUUAUUCAAAACAAUUCCUCAACUGUUGUAUAUUCAGUUCCACAACCCCUUGUGUAAAUUCAUGCACAACUGAUUGUCUGACUAGAUCCACAACCUCUUGUGCUUUCCACAACACCCAGACCAGCACAACUAUAGAGAGGCAUUGUUCAACCAAUGAAGUUCUGCCCUAAAGAAAGAUUAUCUAAAACUACUGCUCUGUGAUCCACUAGAUCUCCAGCCCUUUGCAAUGACAGUAGACAUUGGUACAAUGAUGGGACACAAUUUGAUAUCCCAGCCCAAAAUAUGAAGCUUUCACUAAUUUCCCUUAGACAAAAUACCAAAGGCUUUUAUGCUAAAUUAAUACAGUGCAGUUCUCAACUGUUUUAGUAUUUGUCUUGAAUUCCCAUGUCCUGUCACAUUUUAUUCUCUCCCCCAUUCCGAUAUUAUAUAAAUUUAGCAGCAGCUGAAAAGAUUUUAUGAAAAUAUGCUGUUCUUUUGUGAAGUUACAAUACAACAAUGGAAUUACCACUGAUAAAACAUGACAAGUGUGAAAAAGAGUUAUGCCUUGCAAAAUGUUAUGAAGUGACUUUUUUAUCAGUGGCAAUAUAGAGACAGCUGUCUAGUAUCAUUAUAUUGUGUAUAUGUGCAACAACGUGCAUAAUUUCAAUACAAACAGUAGCAACCAUGUUCAUUUUCAUUAAUAAAAAGAAUAGAUUUGCUUUUUA